AUGCAGAUUGCAGCAGCUGCAGGGAUGAACCGCUGGAGCCGGGGAAACACUGGGAAUGUCAGAAAGCCGGAAAGAAGUGGGCCGCACCACCGAGGCAGGCUGAUGAUGAUGCUGCUGUGGAUUAUCCUCUUCAGCUCGCCGUGCCUGAUGGUUGAAGGCCAGAUGAAGAUCCCACCAGAAACUGUGCAGCAGUGGGCUAUAUCCUUUAGCAAAGACAUAGCUGCCCUGUCCGCCAGAUACUCGGGAGCUAAACUGCUACAGAAGAAAUACAAGGAUGUUGAGAGUGUGGUGAAGAUGGAGGAGGUGGAUGGAGAGGAGCUGGUGAAAACCUUUGCUGAGGAGAUGGAGGAGAUGCUCGGGAGGAAGAUGAAAUCCGUCAAGAGGUUAGCAGAAGCAGCAGAGGACGCUGAUCUUUACCACGAAUACAAUGCAACACUGGAGUUUGACUACUAUAACUCCCUGCUGAUCAACAUGGUGGAUGAGGAUGGGAAUUCAUUGCCGCUGGGAGGAGAUUUCGCUCUGGAGAAAAACGAACACUUCAAUAAACUGCCAGUCAACACACAACUGAGUAACAUACAAGUCCCGACUAAUGUCUACAACAAAGAUACAGAUAUUCUGAAUGGAGCUUAUAUGUCUGAAGCUCUGAAUGACGUGUUCAUCGAUAACUUCAAGAAAGAUCCGACUCUCACCUGGCAGUACUUUGGCAGCUCUACAGGCUUCUUCAGGCUGUACCCAGACAACGUGGACUGGACUGUUCGAGUAUUCACUUAUCUGAUUGGACGAGAGAUGACAUUUGCUGAUAAUACCAAAUGGAUUGCCUGCAACAACAAAGGUUACUACACACACAUCUCCACACUGGCGGAUGUCCAGGAAAACGUCAUGGAGUACCUUCAUGUUCUCAGCCGGCCAAUGGUCAUCAACCAUGAUCAUGACAUCAUCUGGACUGAGGCCUACAUGGACAGUGUGCUGUUCAACACUCAGGCCCAGAGUUUGCUCCUGAUGACCUCAGUUGCAAUGCCUGUGUUUAGCAAGAAGGAAGAGACUUUGUCUCAUGGGAUAUUGCUGGGAGUGGUAGGAACUGAUGUGGCCCUAAGAGAACUGAUGAAAAUGGCUCCAAGAUACAAGCUGGGUGUCCAUGGUUACGCUUACCUCAUCACCAACAAUGGCUACAUCCUGUCUCAUCCUGACCUACGACCUCUGUAUAAAGAGGGCAAGAAGCUGAAGCCGAAACCCAACUAUAAUAGUGUGGAUCUGUCUGAGGUGGAGUGGGAAGACACUGAAGAGAAGCUGAGGACGGCCAUGGUUAAAGGAGAAAAUGGAGCCAUGUCCUUAGACGUGAGAACUUCGGUGGAUAAAGGAACGAGAGUUAUGUUCCUAAAGAAUGAUUACUUCUACACCGUCAUCAACGAGACGCCAUUCAGUCUGGGUAUAGUGUUGACUAGAGGACAUGGAGAGUUUAUCUUCUUUGGAAACGUCUCUGUUGAGGAGGGACUUCAUGACCUACAGGCUCCAGAUUUGACCAUACCCGAUGAAUGGACCUACUGUGAGUUGGACAUUGACCCAGGGCACCGUAAGCUGGACCAGCUGCAGGCUGUGGUGCGAUUCCUCAUGGGAAAAGAACCAGAACUUGAGUGUGAUAUGCAGCUGAUACAACAAACUCUAUUUGAUGCUGUGGUCACGGCUCCUAUGGAAGCUUAUUGGACCGCUCUCAUGCUCAACACAUCUGGUAUGGAUGAGGGCGUUGAAACAGCUUUCCUGGGGACCCGUUCAGGCCUGAUGAGAUUCCAGAGGUACACUGGCAUUGAGAAAAGACUUGCCAAGUCCUUCCUGACCGCCUCAGACAAGGAGAAUAUGUUCACCCUGGACCAUUUCCCAGUGUGGUACCGCAGAGCUGCUGAGAACCCAGCUGGACAGUUUCUAUACUACAUGCCCAGAAAAGAGACAAGAGACGUAUUCAGGGACUAUGAGGCUGACUAUAGCGCCACCUUGAGUGCAGAAGAGGUGGAGCGUGAAGCGGAGGAGGGAGGGAGAAAACAGACUGGGAGAAUAGUGAUCGCCACCACUGCUAUCACUGUGACGGUGGGGAAAAGAACUGCCAUCGCUGGAGCCAUCGGUGUUCAGAUGACUCUGGAGUUGAUGGAGUCCAGAUUUUGGGCCAUUGCAGCUCAGCCAAACGACACAGAUUGCUCCAAUGUGGAGGGGAUUUGUCCUCUUCGGUGUGACAGCAUUGAUAUCGAGUGCUACGUGAUUGAUAAUAAUGGCUUUGUCCUAAUUUCUAAGCAACGCAAUGAUGCGGGGAGGUUCUUUGGCGAGAUCGAUGGAUCAGUGAUGACCACAUUGAUCAGGAUGGGCAUGUUCAAAAGGGUGUCUUUGUUUGACUACCAGGCCAUGUGUAAGAUGAGCUCGCACUCAGUCAGCAGCGCCCGGCCUCUUCUCAGUCCGUUCUAUGGUUUGGCUUCAGCCCUCAAGUGGUUCCUCUCCAACUUCCUACUGUUUCUCCUGGAGUUUAAUAUCUGUGGCUUAUGGCACACGGAGCCUUUCGCUGAUGCCAAGCCAUCUUUCACCAGCUCCUCUCAUAAGAAAAAAGGGGACAUCCUGCAGCCAUGUGACACAGAGUACCCCAGCUUCGUCUACGAGCCGUCAGUCAAAGAGACCAACAGCAUUAUUAAAUGUGGACGCUGCCAGAAGAUGUUUGUAGUGCAGCAGAUACCAAACAGCAACCUGCUGAUGCUGGUGGUACAGGCGGACUGUGACUGCUCCAGACAGCAUCCACCGAUCAACAUGAACCCCAAAGAAGUCAGAUAUAACGCCUCAGUAAAGUGUGACAGGAUGAGGUCGCAGAAGAUUCGCAGACGCCCAGAGUCCUGCCACGCUUAUCACCCUCAGGAGAACGCCAAUGACUGCGGAGGAGCGUCUGUUAUAUCUCUCUCGGCCUCUCUCUUCCUCUUCUGUCUCUCCUUCUCUGCACUCGUCUCCUGA